AUAUGGAAGCCGCAUCAUAUAAGAAGCUUAAAUUUUUGUAAGGCCACGAUAUGUCAUGUGAAAAUACAUAUUUGUAAAAGUGUUUUUAAUUAACUAGUCUUUUACCGAAUUGUUAUAAUUUAUUUAAUGUUAUAAAUACGUUAUUUUAUUAUAAUUAUGGGAUUGUGCAAGUGUCCGAAAAGAAGAGUUACAAACCUAUUUUGUUUUGAACACCGUGUCAAUGUUUGUGAACAUUGUAUGGUCACAAAUCAUCCAAAGUGUAUUGUUCAGUCAUAUAUUUUGUGGCUUCAUGAUCAUGAUUAUAAUCCAAUUUGUACAUUAUGUUCAGUAAAUUUAAGUGAAGGAGAUUGUGUACGAUUAACAUGUUAUCAUAUGUAUCAUUGGACAUGUUUGGAUAAAUAUGCCAGAGAAUUACCAGCAACUACUGCACCAGCAGGAUAUACAUGUCCAACUUGUAAAGAACGCAUAUUUCCAGAUUCAAAAUUAGUAUCUCCUGUAGCAGAUGUAUUAAGAGAAAAAUUAGCAGGAGUAAAUUGGGCACGUGCUGGUUUAGGUUUACCUUUGCUCAGUGAAGAUAGGGAACAAAAACCAGAACAAGAGCAUCCUUCAUUAAGAAUUGAAACUACAUCAUAUCAAAAUCAUACAACUUCAUCACCAUCAACAACUACAUCACGUUCUAUUAGCAAUGUUAAUUCAGUUCAUACUAAUAUAAAUAAUGUGCAUUUAAAUAAUCAAAAAGUUGGGCCACCCUAUUCAAUUGUAAAUAUUGAUUCGUCUAUGGGAUUAUCACAACCAACAUCAAGAAAAGUUUGUGAAGCUUAUGAUGAUCCAAAAGAAAUAUCUUUUGAUCAUGAUGAAAAUAAAUAUAGAAGAAAAUCUGCCAUUGAAUGGUUCUUAAGAUGGUGGAAAUUGAUAGUUAGUCCACCAACACGGCGUAGAAACUCACCUGGACCAUUGUACAAGAGAUAUGCAGUGCUAGGUAUUAUGGGUAUAUUAGCUUUUAUCGGAAUGUUAAUUCUCUUCUCAUGGCUCGGAAGGAUGGCUACAGAUGGCGAUCCAAGUUACGAUCUUCAUGCGGAUCCUAAUAUUUUAGUCGCCGACAAAUCUGCUGGUAUUUAAUAUUCUCUAGUUUUUUUAAAAUCAAAAUUUAAAAAAACUAUGAGAAUAUAAUAUAAAUGAAGCAUAUAAUAUGUGUGGAAGCAAUAAUUGAAGCUUGUAAAAUAAUGGAAUAACGAGUAUAGUCGAACGAAUAUGUAUUCAUUGUUUUAUAAUUUCAUUCUAAAAGAAUAAUUAGCAUAAGAUAUAAUGUAUUGCUAGCCUUAAUAUCUGUUGAUUUUUGUGUAAAGUAUACCUUAAUAUUAAGCUGUAUAUUUCGAUCUGUAAAGACUUAUAAAUUUACAAAAAAUUUUGUGAUUAUAUGAAUCAGUUAGUUUUUUAUAUCAUCAUGCGCGAAGAUUAAACGAAAACAGUUCUUAUAUUCCCGAUAUUAUUGCCGUCAAUAGAAAUAAGCUAUAUUCAGAAAAGAUUUUAUUGUGAUAGCGGUUUUAAUCAGAAACACAUAAUUUUAUUAUUUAUGUUAUUACAUUUAUUUUAAAAUAACAUUAAAAUCUAAUUAAACUGACUGUUCUCUAAUAUUCUCCAAAUUCUAAUAUUUUCAAUUUUGUUAAAAGGAGUAGGAAUACAUGUAUUAAAAUAAGAAAUCCUUUCAGUUGUUUUUAAUAAUAUUUUUAUUAUAGAAAAAAAUUAUAGCAGAAAAUUAUCCUAUUUCUUUUAUUCAUGCGUGAUUUGACAUUUUUACAAUUUAAAUGAGAAUUUCACUAUAAAUCCAAGAGAGAAUGUUCAUGAAAUAUUAAAGUCUCUUAACAGAUCAAACUGAUAUAUUGAAUUAAUUUUAUAUUAAAGAAAAAUACUUUAUACAAAAAAAAAAAAUGAAAAAAAUAUCUUUACUUUUGUAAUAAAUAGAAAUAUUAUAUCACGCUUAAAUAAUUGUUAUUUUGUUUAGAAAUUGCACAAAUUUUAUAAAUUUUCUUUCGAAUUUUAAAAGAAUCACUGUGAACUACAGUAGAA